CACUCUCCCGUCCACCCUUUAAAAGAUUUCAAUGGGUUACUGAAUAUUAUCGCUGAUAAUUAAUAAUAGAUAUUGAACAUGGCAACGAAAAAACUCAACGGUUUAUGUGCGUCUUUUAAUAAAUUGUACAGAGGAAAUGUAUCCACGAUAAACGCGAUAGCGCAACGCACAUACGCAACCGCGGACGAAGGAGAUACUCAGGUUACUCAUACUGGUCAGGUAUUCGAGAAAGACGAUUAUCGACUAGUAAGAUUUCUGGACAGGCCGAAAGAAGUUAACAAAAAUUGGGCGAUUAAAUUGAUAGAUGAAGUACCGCCGUCGCCCGAGAAAGAUAGAAUCAUAGCUUGCGACGGUGGCGGAGGUCCUCUUGGACAUCCUAAAGUUUAUAUAAAUCUGGAUAAACCAGGCAAUCAUAUCUGUGGCUACUGUGGUCUGCGCUUUUAUAAGGAGGACCAUCAUUAGACGAACACUGUACAUGAGUAGUUAUAUUUAAUUGUUAAUUUAUAAGUGUACUUUAGAAUGUGAUGUUUGUUGCAGUAAAUAUGUAAAAUAAAACCGGUACCUAAUGCAACUCAA